UUUUUUUAGUUUUUAAAAUUUAAUUUAAAAAUAUUUAAAAUUAAUUGAAAUUUUAAAGCUUGACGAUGAGACUUGCACCCCCUCAAGUUACUGGAAUUUCUCCAAAGGAGGGCCCUCCUGGAACGAGGGUCACAAUUAGGGGGGAGAAUUUAGGAGUGGAUGCCAAAGACUUGAUAGGCCUAAAAAUUUGUGAUGUCGACUGCUUACUGUCAGCUGUGUGGAAGUCCUCGAAGCAAAUCAUUGCUAGGACAGGUCAGGCAAAGGUCAGAGGUGACAUCAUAGUGACAACUAGGUCGGGUGGUGUUGGCUCAUCCACUGUUCAGUUCAGGGGAUUCAAAAUUCAAAUUGGCCCACUGCAGGACUCGGCAAUCUGGGUGGACGAGAGCCAGCUGUACACGACACUGGCCCAAAGGGAUCGCACCGCUGCCUCCAUCAAUCAGCAGCUAGGCAUUGGGGAGGAUGAUGACCCUCUGGGCAUAUGUGAUGAAUCUAAUGAUAGUGCUAAGAAGAUAUCAGAGGAAGAAUUGCAAGAAUUAAUACCAGAAGGCUCAGGCAACACAAGUCUUGAAAAUUUUGAUCCUGCCUGGUUUCUGCUAGAAAAUCACCAAAGGACAAGUUUCGAUGACCUGAAAAGUGGAUUGGCGCAUCUAAAGCACAAGAUGGUUCAGAGAGAUGAUGGUCCGUUCUCAUUCGCUAAGAACAAUCUGACCACGUUCCUCAACUGUUUCGAUACUCUAACUGAAAUGAACAAGAUGAUGAUUGAGGAUGAAAAGACCAGCAAGCUAUCCUGCACAGACAAACUUGAAGACAUUGUCAAGGAAACGAAGAAGACGGCUGAGGGCAUAUUUGAAGAGGUCCUGGGUAGGAAGGAGAAGGCAGACGCCACACGGAACGCUCUGGCCGUCCUCUUGAGAUUCAAAUUGCUCUUCUAUCUACCGUGCACCAUCGAUAAGAAUAUUGCUAAGGGUGAUUAUGACCUCGUAGUGACUGAUUACACCCGGACGAAAUCUCUCAUCUGGCUGGCUGACAUUCCGGUUUUUAAGAAGAUCUUUGACGAGAUUGAAUCCAGGAUGAAGUUAUUCAAAGAGAUGCUCUAUGAUAAACUCUACACCCUGCCUACAACUAUCGAAGAGCAAAAGAAAUAUAUAAGAUACAUCAGCCACUUGGAAAGUGACAACAGUGCGGCCUGGCAGUGCAUGGUCAACCAGCACAAGUGGAUCAUACAGCUGAUGAAGAAGUCCAAUCAGGAUUACGUGGCGAAAGAGGCGGAAGAAGAACGAAAGAAGAGUUCAGCAGAAAAUGCGUCAUCAUCAUCAGCAGCAGCGUCAUCUAGUAGUCAUGGCGACAAGUUUGGAAACAAUAAUCAUAGAAAUGCCAAGCCAGGAGCCAGAGUGACAUUCAUUGAGGCGCUAACAAAAAUUCUAUGUGACAAUUAUCCACAUCUCCAGAGACUCGGCCAGUCAUAUUUCAGUGGUAGAUUGCUCAAGGAGGUCAUGAUUCCAGAUAAGGUAGAUUCUUCAAAGGAAAAACAAUUUAAAGCCAUGCUACAUGAAAUAAUUAUCUUAUACACAAACCUCAUUGGCUGCGCCUUCCUGCCUCACACAAUCGCUGGCCAAUCAGAUAAGAGGGAAGAGUUUGCUGGAUGGCCAAUAGCGCUGCUUGAAAAUAAUUACUCGCUCUUAUCUUGGCUACCUGUUUGUGUUAAAAAUUUGAGGUACAGCAUAAACCAUUUGCAGCAAUCUGAUUUGUCAGCUGAGAGUAUGUCAUUGCUGCUCCAAUCUGAUUGGCUGCUGAGAAUCAGCUGUGUUGAUAGCCUACUUAACAAGGCUAUCAUUGAUGUUAAAAACCUCGGUGAAAGAGAACUCUGGACUGUCGAUAACAACGAUAAACAUGGCUCCACCACUAUAUUGCCUGUUCUAUUUGAGGGCGUAGUCAUGGAGGCCAUGUUCUCCUUGAAAGACGUCGUCGAAAAUAAGCCAAACGAGAAACCGCUAUUCGGGGACGAAGUGACUAAACAGAGAAUAGUUGAACUGUGUAGCAAGUUGUUGCAGAUAUUCUCGACGACCUUGUACAAGUUGGCUACGUUCAAAGAUGACGACGUUGCAGCUUCUUCCACUGCUGCUGCUGCCACUCUUGCUGCUGAUCCAACUAAGGCUGAAAAUCUCAGCAAAAAAAGUAACAAAAGCAAGAAGAGAGAAAAUGCUAUCCCAGUUCAAUUCAAUGGCCAGUCUCUUUCAACGGUGAAUUGAUAAACUCUGUUAUAAUAUUAUCGUAUGGGAUUUAUUGCCAUAGAAACAAACGAUAACGCUAAUUUAAAUAUAUUGUACUGCUCUGUUGCAACCUGCCACUCUAAUGAUCACUCUAUUAUCCUAUUGAAUUAUUUUAACUCUUUAAUUGUAAUUUUUAAUGCGUGUUUUAUUGGAAAAUAAAAGGAGGUUCCUAUUAUUA